GGAGGGUUGACACAGAACCAUCACCCAUCGACUCCACCCGCCAUUGAGCCCUCUCCUCCUCCUUCCUUUCAUCUCCACUGUCGGGACUAGCACGCGUCAUCGUCCUUGACCAGCAGCACAUUUCGCUUUCUCAACUGACCACAAGCACCUUUUCCAUCACUCCUCGCACAGAAUGCAGCACGACUCAGCUGCUCCACCCAACGGCAAUGGCACUGCUGGACUCGGACUUGGCUUCAGCAACGGUUCCCGUCCUUAUAAUCGCAAUGGAUAUCCUCAGACUGAGUCUAGUCUCGACCCAAUUGCCUCCAGGCGCCUUCACGGAUCCACCACCUCGUCCUCAACUUCUUCGUCUUCCUCGACGCCUGUAUCGUCCCUCGCCACAGGCUCCUCCCGACCUUUUAUCCGUCCACACCAUACCUCACGACGAGACAGCACAGCCUCAAGUUACAGCACUCUCUCUGAAGCUUCACAGCCAUGGACAAGGGCAGAUAUCGGAUUCAAUGCCAUCUCUGGGGUUCUGAACAACCCAACGAAGCGACCUUCAUCAACUGCAAAGCCAACCAAAACCGAUAUACCCCCAGUGACACCAGUCCCGAUCCGCAAAGUAAAGGCAUCGGAAUUCGACAGCUACAUAAAACACAUCACGCCCGUGUUUGAAAGAUACCAGAAUAACAGAGCAGGAGUCAGGCCAUCAGAUGGAGCAAACGCACACUCUCCCCGCUCACCUUUUGAAUCGUCUUUCGAGUCAUUGGCGAGUCAACUACAACCACAGAUAAUGAGCCCGCCCUUAACACAAUCGUCAGCAAUGGUCAUGGACAGGACCGAGAGCGCGCGCAAUCCAUAUUCAGUACCCGAUAUGCCCGAGACUAAGGAACCAGUGCCGAUGAAGCCCUCUCUGCCUGACACACCUGCGCUUGACACGGUGCCGUCCAUCUUUUUCGAUCCAAACUUUAACUUUGAGAACCCAAGAACAUUCGACCUUGUCUGCGAGCAAACUGGACCAUCGGAUGCAAAGAAUAAUACCACGUCAAUCGUGACCAACAGCAUCCUUCAGGAGAAAUUGUCCCAUUAUCUUGACACAGUCGAAAUUCACUUGAUGACCGAGAUUUCACGGCGAUCGACUUCGUUCUUCGAGGCGCUUUCCAACCUUCAGGCACUGCAUUCCCAGACAUUGGAGUGCGUAUCCCAAAUCCACGUCCUUCGAGCGCAAUUGGCAAGAAUCGAUAACACGCAAUCUAAACAGGGACUGGAGGUCGUUCGUCUCAAAAGACGCAGGAGGAACCUUGGCUUAUUGCACAACGGGAUUCGCAUGGUCAAAGAAAUUCGAUCGACGCAACCAAUGAUUCAAGUCCUACUUGGUAAUGGUAACUACUUUGGUGCACUGGAUCUCAUUGAUGGCGCUCAAAGAGUCCUCAUAGAUGGAGACAUGAAGCACUUAGAGGCGACACCUGGAUUCGACCCGAGUCUCGCUCUUAUUCCUUCCUCCUCUGCUAUCCUCUCUUCACCACGGUCACUGGACAUUCGUGGCGUGUUGGCUCUUGUUCACUUUGGUGGUCAGCUCACAGAGAUGAGGAAAAUGAUUGGGAAGAUGAUGGAAAGUGACCUUGUGAACCUGCUGCUGAACGACUUUCGUGCGCGAAUCGGAAAGCUGGAUGUUGCCACUCUAUUGACAGACCUUGGAAAAGUCGAUACUACCAACACAAAAUUCACGAAACCCAACUUCAACCGAGGCAUCAACCCGCUCCUGUCAAAGCAGGUCGAGCUUGAGCGCGACCUUCAAGACAAGAUGCUGCCAUUAAUUCAAGGGCUGCUCAGGACGAAUCGGGCAGGAAUCGCACUUCAGACGUACAGAGAACAGAUUUUACAGGAGAUCAAGAACAUUAUCAAAUCUCAAUACCCACCUCCUGAUCCAAACGCAGCUAACUCGAUUGGUCCAGUAUCCGCCAAGAAAAAGGACCAAAUGGCGGCAUUGACGAAACAACUACGGGAAAUGGACCCAUUGACUUUCUACAAGAUGCUGUCUUACAGUUAUGCAUUCUUGUUAGGGGCGUUCCAAAGGGUGUCGCUCUAUCACCAGCUUAUGCUCCACUGUGUCCGGAAAGCGGAGGCUCAGGGUACGGGCCAGUUGAUCAUAGUUGAUUCAGCGUCAGAUUCCGACAGCAUGCAGGAGUCCGCAUCGAUCCGUGAGAUGAAAGACGGGGAGGAUGAGAAUGGUGAAUAUGAGGAACCAGAGGAAGACCAGGGCAGAUCAGAUGGAGAAAGCGCUGGUUUCAGUCUAGGAACAAAUACGCCAGGAUCGACGCCCUUGCAGUCAGGUAGGAAACGGAUAGUCGCCCCUGGAGGUAGCAAAAUAACAUCGCCAAGGACACCCUUUGGUGGCACAGCUCAGUCUCCGCCAAUCCAUGGAUUCGCAGCAUUGCAACUCGAGGAGAACGAGGACGGUUAUCUGAGUGCUAGUGCCGUAACUCAAUUAUUUCGCCAGCUCGAGACAGAGUCGGAGGAAAUUCUGUUCGCGGCCGCAGACUUGGCCCAUUCGCGGUGUGCAAAGCUGAUGGGCAUGAGGAGCGAGCAAAGCGCCAAGCUUCUGCCAGCGGAGGUCUACAAGCUGCUGAGGCUGACUUGGUCCUUUGUUCUUCAAAGCGAGCUCUUGUCUGGGUAUAUGUGUUAUGGCCUGAGAACAGCUAUUCUUUCUCAGUCCAAGGCAUUCCUACUGCAGUUCCAUAUCGAAAAGACAAGCCAACUUGCGCUUUCUGUCGGAGAGGAUCAGUGGGUCCAGGUAGAGGUGCCAUGGUCUUCUCAGGCGACUGCGAACGGGAUUGUCGCCAUAUCGACACUUAGUUUGCAGGAGGCCCGCAACGAAGACUUUACAAUGGCGUUCAAUAUACUUCAGUUGGCAGCUCCACCGCCGGUUCAGGGAAUAGACGAUCACGACAGCUUUAUUUCAUCACAUCUGGCGUCCAAGGGGUCGAAUGGAUCGGUCAACAGUGGCAAAAGGGGCGCCAAAGCAGAAGUUCCGGCACCAACGCGCGUUCUCUCGAUUCGGGAUGAAGUCUUUUUCGUUGUUAGCUGUUCAUUGGUGCUGCUGGACAUUUUGGCAGAGUAUCUCGAUAUACUUAACAACAUCUCGGCACUUACAACGGAUGUCAUGCAGCGUGUUAUCGAGUUACUGAAGCUGUUCAACUCAAGGACAUGUCAAGUUAUUCUUGGUGCUGGAGCAAUGCGAUCAGCAGGACUAAAAAAUAUCACAGCAAAACACCUGGCUCUAGCGUCGCAGUCGUUGAGUGUCUUUGCCACACUGAUCCCGUAUGUCAAGGACUGGAUACGCUCCAAGAUGACGGACAAGCAAAUGGUUAUGCUGACAGAGUUUGAUAGGAUUCUUCGGGACUUUCAAGAGCACCAGAACGAGAUUCACGCUAAAUUGGUGACGAUCAUGACAGAGCGUCUCGCUCUCCAUAUGCGAUCCAUGGUCAACCCUGCGGUUGUCGACUAUGAUGCACUCAACAAACCUGCCCAACAGCUCGCUAACGGCGGAGGAAACGUGAAUACCUUUAUGGAUUCUUUGGUUAAGGAUGCCAUCACUCUUCACAAAGUCUUGAGCCGCUUCCUGCCUGCCGCAUCCAUGCGGAGGGUUAUCGACGAGGUUCUGCAAAUGUUUACCACAAGACUCGAGGAGGAGAUCCAGAAACUGCCUAUUACGACGCCACUUGGGAAGACCAGGUUACAGGCGGAUAUGGCAUACUUCGGACAGAAGCUGGGGCCAUUGGAUCCCAAUGGCAUUAUCGGAGCAAGGCUGAUGAAGCAGGUCAAGGAGCUGGAUCUCGCGGACAAGAAGAGCGGGACAGCCGCUGCUGCUUCAACAAAUGCAGUCAUUGCUGCAGCCACCGUCUCCACAAGCACCUCCAAUGUUUAAGCGUACGAAUUUCCAUAGAUCACACAGCCUUGAAAAUACACAGGUUCUUGUGUCGCUGUCACUAAAUUUUAUGGCCCAUAAGACAAAAUGAAUGUCACAGCACUGGGGU